AAGAAUUUCUGCCUCAAAAAAAACCCAAUCUUCUAACAUUUCCUGUCCUUUUUUUCAGGUGGAUUUGGAGCCAGAAGGCAAAGUGUUUGUUGUCAUAACUCUUACAGGAAGCUUCACAGAAGGGACUCUGCCGAGGGACCGGAUCUUUAAGAACCUGACUCGGAAGCGGCAGCGGGCGAUGCGCAGGCGGGUGCACCAGGUGAACGGGCACAAGUUCAUGGCCACCUACCUGCGCCAGCCCACCUACUGCUCUCACUGCAGGGAGUUCAUCUGGGGCGUUUUUGGCAAGCAGGGAUACCAGUGCCAAGUGUGCACCUGUGUUGUACACAAGCGCUGCCAUCACCUCAUUGUCACCGCUUGCACGUGCCAAAACAAUACCAACAAAAACGAUCUCAAGGUGACGGAACAGAGGUUUGGGAUCAACAUUCCUCACAAAUUCAGCGUCCACAACUACAAAGUCCCGACGUUCUGUGACCACUGCGGGUCCUUGCUCUGGGGGAUCAUGCGGCAGGGUCUGCAGUGUAAAAUCUGUAAAAUGAAUGUCCACAUCCGAUGCCAAGCAAAUGUUGCUCCAAACUGUGGGGUGAACUCAGCAGAGCUGGCAAAAACCUUGGCCUGCAUGGGUCUGCAACCAGGAAGCAUCUCCCCAAAUUCGAAACUGGUUUCGAGAUCCACGUUGAAGCAUCAGGGAAAAGGCAGCCUGAAGGACGGCAACAACAUUAGUGAAAGUUCAGAAAGCAAACUUGGGAUCAAAGACUUAACCUUCCUUCGUGUGUUGGGAAAGGGAAGCUUUGGAAAGGUGAUGCUUGCCAAGAUGAAGGAGAGUGGGCAGCUGUACGCAGUGAAGGUGCUGAAGAAGGAUGUCAUUCUGCAGGAUGACGAUGUAGAGUGCACCAUGACAGAGAAACGCAUCCUGUCCUUGGCACGGAACCACCCCUUCCUCACCAAGCUCUACUGCUGCUUCCAGACUCCUGAUCGCCUGUUCUUUGUGAUGGAGUUUGUCAACGGCGGCGAUUUGAUGUUCCACAUCCAGAAGUCGCGGCGCUUCGACGAGGAUCGAGCCCGGUUCUACGCUGCAGAAAUUAUCUCAGCUCUCAUGUUCCUCCAUGAAAGAGGCAUAAUUUACCGGGAUUUGAAGCUGGACAACGUUCUGCUGGACUACGAGGGGCACUGCAAGCUGGCAGACUUUGGAAUGUGCAAAGAGGGAAUUCACGAUGGCAUCACCACGGCCACCUUCUGUGGCACACCAGACUACAUCGCUCCAGAGAUCCUGCAGGAGAUGCUGUAUGGCCCUGAUGUGGACUGGUGGGCCAUGGGAGUGCUGCUGUACGAGAUGCUGUGCGGCCACGCGCCCUUCGAGGCCGAGAACGAGGACGAUCUCUUCGAGGCCAUUCUGAACGACGAAGUCGUGUACCCGACGUGGCUCCAGCAGGAUGCGGUGGCAAUCCUCAAAGCAUUCAUGACCAAGAACCCCGCGAUGCGGCUGGGCAGCGCCGGGCUGGGCGGCGAGAGCGCGAUCCUGCGGCAUCCCUACUUCAAGGAUCUGGACUGGGACCUGCUCAACCAGCGGCAGAUGGAGCCCCCCUUCAGGCCCAGGAUUAAAUCCAAAGAUGACGUGAGCAACUUUGAUCCAGAUUUUAUAAAAGAGGAGCCCAUCCUGACCCCCAUUGAAGAAGGGAUCCUUCCAAUGAUAAACCAGGACGAAUUUAGAAACUUUUCAUUCACCAGCCCAGAGCUGCAGCAAUAGCUAUGGCUCUGGAGAAAGGUUGCUGAGAGGAUUGUGAGGAAAUUAAAGGAAAGCCAAGUUUACCAGUAAUUUCAUUCUCAAGGAGUAACAGUGCACUGACUUGCACAGUACAGCAGCACCACUGUCAAUGUUACCUUAAUGUGAAAUCGAAACCCUCCUGUGUUUGUAGGACUUCUGCAGCUCUCGGAUCAAAUAUUGACAGGGGUGGAACAAACAUGAUCUUGUAAAUAGCUGCUGCAGACAGAGCAUUGAAUGCUGAGCUGGUUGGCUCGGCCUGAAUGCCGCCGCUUGCAGCGGAUUCGAGGAGUCGGCGUGAGCAUGGAACAAGUGUCUUGCAGCCCUGAGCCAAACAGACUUGUCACAAUGCUGAUUGUUUGCAAGGAUCCUUUGAGGAGUCCCAGCACUGUCCAGCGUUUUGGAGACAUGAUCCAGCAUCCCGUGGCCUGACUGAACCAGAUGUUCCUACUGACUUUACCUGUUUCCUGCAGUAUUUAUUUCUUCCAAAGCACAAAUGGCUCUCUUUGACACUGUUUGAGUUCCCAUGUGAAUUAUUUCAUUGUGCUGACUAGCAGAAGGAAAAAAAAACAAAUGCCCUGUGCCCCACACAGAUUCUUCCAAAUCAAAGGGAAGUCAUGUGCUCGUAGUGUUUUACUGUUUGUGCGUGUUGAAAAGUUUUAGUGUUUGCAUUCUGUGAAAUGCCUUUUUACAUCAUGCAUCUUCAAUGCUCCUUUCUUUGCCUCCCAGCUGUUUUCAACUAUAAUGUAACUUGUUGUACUGUUUAUUUAGGCCCAUUCUAUUUAAUUAUGUUACACAGAGCCCCUUUUGUGGGUUUAGUGCCUCAUUAAAAUUUUGAUCCGAAGUGGUA